AUGUGGGGGAGAACAAUGAUGUGGCAAGUACUGCUGUUUAUCACCGUUCUUUCUCUCCGUUCAGUGUGUGGGCAGGUUAGCUACUCCAUACCGGAGGAAAUGGCUAAAGGGUCAUUAGUCGGCAAUAUAGUGCAAGAUUUGGGGUUGGAUGUAAAAAUGCUGAAAUCGCGCAACGCUCGGAUUUAUACUGGAGACAGCGGUGAAUACAUUGAGCUGAAUAAAGACAGGGGAGUCCUGCUUAUUAAACAGAGAAUCGACCGCGAAGCUCUGUGUGGAAAGACGAGCCCCUGCGCUUUGCAUUUCCAGAUCAUUCUGGAAAACCCUAUGGAAUUAUACCGUGUUACAGUGGAAAUUGUGGACAUUAAUGAUAACGCGCCCAGCUUUAAAAAGAGCGAAAUGCAGUUUGAAAUAAGCGAGUAUGCCUUGCCUGGUGCGAGAUUCAUGUUGGAGAGUGCAUUAGAUCCAGACGUUGGCAUUAAUGACCUCCAGAAUUAUUCGCUUAAACCAACUGAUCAUUUUAAUAUCAAAUUGCAUAAUCAACCAGAUGGAAAUAAAAACGUAGAAAUGGUUUUACAAAAACCGCUGGAUCGAGAGGUGCAGGACAAGUUGUCUUUACUGUUAACUGCCGUGGAUGGCGGAUACCCGCAGCUGUCAGGCACUGUGCAGAUAAUUAUCACUGUGCUGGACGCCAAUGAUAACACUCCUGUUUUUAGUCAGGCGGUUUAUAAAACCACUAUACCCGAGAAUGCGCGCGCGGGUACUGUGCUGCUCACUGUGAGUGCUACAGACGCAGAUCACGGUUCGAACGGCCACGUGACUUAUUCUAUCAUGAAUGGCAUAAAUGGCGUAUCUGAGCUGUUUGAAAUAGACGAAGAGAACGGUGAGGUGAAAUUAGUCAGUGAAGUGGAUUAUGAACAAGUUAAACAUUACCAAAUUCAAAUUAAGGCGAAGGAUCAUGGAGGCCUUUCGGAUUCCAGCAAAAUAAUCGUUGACGUAACUGAUGUCAAUGACAACAGCCCCAUAAUUAAUAUUAUUUCAAAAUCAAGGACGAUACCGGAAGACUCCCCUUCCAAUACGGUGAUAGCUAUGAUCGGAGUUCAAGAUCCUGAUUCUUAUAAUAAUGGACACGUGCAAUGCACUAUGACUGAAAAUAUUCCAUUCACAAUCAAAUCAACAUCAAAUGGUUUUUUCAGCUUGGUCACUGAGAGUGUUCUGGAUCGGGAGACAAACUCUGAGUUUAACAUCACUGUGACCUGCUCUGAUGAGGGAGUGCCCUCUCUCUCCAGCAGCGUCUCUCUCGCUGUACACAUAUCAGAUGUGAAUGACAACGCGCCGAUCUUUGAGAAGAGCUCAUAUGAAUCUUACAUUAAAGAAAACAACAGCCCAGGCCUCUCAAUAUUUUCCGUAAAAGCCAAAGACGCUGACUGGAACCAGAAUGCUCGUGUUUCUUACAUACUGGAGGAAGACACGAUUAAUGGGGUGUCUGUCUCCUCAUUUGUAUCUGUUAACUCUGACAGUGGAGUCAUCCAUGCAGUGCGCUCUUUUGACUACGAGCAAAUUAAGGAUUUCCAGUUUCGCAUAAAAGCGCAAGAUGGAGGCUCUCCACCACUCAGUAGUGAUGUGACGAUUAAAAUUCAUAUUCAAGACCAGAACGACAACGCGCCUCAGAUUCUCUACCCAGUACAAACUGGUGUCUCUCAAGUGGCUGAAAUGGUGCCUCGUUCAGCAGAUGUUGGCUAUCUUGUCACUAAAGUGGUCGCUGUUGAUGUGGACUCGGGACAGAAUGCCUGGCUCUCAUAUAAACUGCUGAAAGCGACAGACAGGGCGCUGUUUGAAGUGGACUUACAGAAUGGAGAAAUAAGAACUCUACGCCAGGUCACUGAUAAAGAUGCUGUGAAACAAAGACUUACUGUUGUAGUGGAAGACAACGGGCAGCCCUCUCGUUCAGCUACAGUCAAUGUUAACGUGGCGGUGGCGGACAGCUUUCCGGAAGUGCUCUCUGAAUUCAGCGACUUUACGCAGGACAAGGAUUACAAUGACAACCUGACAUUUUAUUUAGUCUUGGCCUUGGCUGCAGUUUCCUUCCUCUUCAUUUCAUGUUUAGUAGUUAUAAUAUCAGUAAAAGUUUACAGAUGGAGACAAUCUCGGAUCUUCUAUCAGUCCAAUCUCCCAGUGAUCCCGUAUUAUCCACCCUGUUACGCAGACGCAGGAGGUACAGGAACUCUACAGCACAUGUACAAUUACGAGGUGUGCAUGACAACUGACUCACGGAAAAGUGAUAUGAAAUACGUAAGACCUUGCAGUCAGAGCAUCCUCAGUCUGGACGCCAGUGCAACACAAACUCUACAGCACGUUAAGGAGAACGAGGCCGAUGAAGACACGGGUGUUCAGGUGAGCUUCUGGAAGGAAAUAUUGUUGGAACUUUACACACUAAUUUUUGACAGUAAACAUAUGAAAAACAAAGUAGAGGGAGAAUGA